AGUGACCGGCUUUACGUCAGCUGAGGCGUUUCGCCUUCUGAUUUGGUCCAGCGCGCUCGCCGUCAUCUUACGCUUCACGUCUUGUUUUGAUUCCUGGCGGUCGCUGGGAAGAUGGCGGCUACGUUAGAGCGGGUCAGGAUUUCUGCCUCCGAAUUACGGGAGAUGCUCGCGGCUAGCGACGGCUCCGUGGUCCGAGAAACCAUUAAAGAGAUGAAGGAACCGAGACAGAGGAAAGAUAACCGAAGACCAGACAUUGAGAUAUAUAAGCCUGGGUUGUCCAGACUAAGAAAUAAGCCCAAACUGGAUGCCCCUGGCAAUGGAGGCAGUCACUUUGAAGAACAUCGAAAUGAGAAAUUCAAAGAUUGUGAACCUUUGGUCAAUGGGGUCAGCCCAGUUGUGUUAUCUAGAGAUGAAAUCCAAGAUGAUGAUGAUCUUGAGCAUGGUGGUCCACCGACUGGGAACCCUGAAACUCAAGAGCGAAAAAUUGUAAAGAAAAACAAGAAACCAGACCGACAAAUUUACCAACCAGGAAGAAGACUGCAUGCUCCUGUGAAAGAAUCUUUGAGUGAAAUUAUAGAAGAUGAAAUUGUGAGAAAAACUGAACAUCUAAAACUCGAACAUGAAGAUGAUCUUGGAAAGUCUGUCACAAAUCAUAAGAUUCCCCUGGAAAAUGGUAACAAGAUGGGCAAGGUUGAAAAGAAAUCGGAAAGAGAGAGAACCAACAAGACUGGAGAAGAGAUGUCCUCAUUGAGGCCUUGUAAGGAUGAGAGAAAGGUUGGUUCAACCAAACGUUAUUCACAUUCGGACAAAAGAAGGACCCGCACUAGGAAUUGCAGCACCAGUUCUGCUGGAAGCAACAACAGCAGUGAAGAAGCUCUCUUGGCAGAGGGCAACAGGAGGCGUCAAGACAAAGGAAAGAUACCUGGAGAUCGUAAAGAAAAGGUGCGCACAAAGAAGCAGGUCUCACUGUCUUCAACCGAUUCUUUUGAGGAGGAUUAUAACGAAUGGUUGGACGACUCGCUCCAAAGCCGGAACCAAUGGAAGAAGAGGCAGAACUCGAGUGACAAAAGCUGUCCUGAAAAUACAGAUGGCAUCAAGAGAUCAAGCAGCAAAGAUAAGCAAGAGAAGUUUUACAUACCAGAAUCCCACCAUCAGCCAAUCAUUGAUGAAGAGAGGACCCGGAAACGAAGUGAUAGACCCAGUAACAAGCGCAACAGUGGCAAAGAGAAGCAUGAGUUAAGAGAGCGAUCAAGUGAGCCAAGGGACAGAGGGAGAGGAAUCAUUAUUCUUCCCGCCAACACUGAUAUAUCCAAUGCCACUGGGGCAUCAGAACCGAACAGUGCAAAGACCCUCUCUACUGCUAGCAACAAAUAUGGCCGUGGUAAAGGACGUGGUGGAGGUGUCCGUCGUCUGUGGGAUCCUAAUAACCCUGAGCAAAAGCCUGCUCUUAAAAACCAGAGCCCCCAGCUUCAUUUUCUAGAUACUGAUGAUGAGUCUACACCUUCUUCACAGAGUGACAACUACCAGUCUGCCUCUCAGGCAUCUUACUACAAGUUCCAGAAUUCUGAUAACCCCUAUUACUUUGCUCGUCCACCAUAUCCAUAUGCUGGUUACUCCAUGCCUUAUUCCAUAGGUCCCAGCAACGGCAUAUAUCCAGGUAGUUAUUAUCCUGGGUAUCCAGCUCAGCCUGCACAGUAUGGUUCUGGUUCCUACUCUGGAAGUCCAGUAAUGCCUGAGGAAAUUGAACAGCAAGUGAGGACAAUGCAACAGCAAGAGCUGAGCCGUCUCUUGAGAAUGGCAGAUAACCAGGAGCUUCAGCUCAGUAAUCUUCUCUCCAGGGAUACCAUCAGCACAGAAGGCUUGAACAAAAUGGCUCUGCUUAGGUCAGAGCUGAUCCAGCUCUAUGAGCACUGCCUGCUGACGGACAUUGAAUUCUGUGACCAGCACAACUUGGACCAGCUCUUGUGGAAGAACGUUUUCUAUCAAGUGAUUGAGAAGUUUCGCCAUUUCUUGAAAGAGUCAUCGGGAGAAGGUGAAUCCAUCCGAAGACAGCUGCUGCAGGUGUUAGAUGAGGGUACAGUAUUUUUUGAUAGUUUGCUUCAGAAACUGCAGUCAACAUAUCAGUUCAAGCUUGAGGACUACAUGGACGGGAUGGCAAUCCGCAGCAAGCCACUCCGUAAAACGGUCAAGUUUGCAUUGAUCAGUGCACAACGCUGUAUGAUUUGCCAGGGUGACAUUGCCCGCUAUAGAGAGCAAACAGCAGACACCUGUAACUAUGGCAAAGCUCGCAGCUGGUAUCUGAAGGCACAGCACAUUGCACCCAAGAAUGGUAGACCUUAUAAUCAGCUAGCUCUCCUGGCUAUAUACACGAGGAGGAAACUGGAUGCUGUUUACUACUACAUGCGUAGUCUAGCUGCCAGCAACCCAAUUCUUACUGCCAAGGAAAGUCUAAUGAGUUUGUUUGAAGAGACCAAGCGUAAGGCUGAGCAGAUGGAAAAGAAGCCACAUAAGGAUAUGGAAGCAAGCACUAAUCGUAAUCCCACUGAGGAUACCAGUCGAGUGGAGAUUUGGAUCCACCCAAUACGGGGAGGUCGUUCCAGCAGCAAUAGUCCUGCCAGUGACGGUCUCGAAAGCUUUAGCCCGAGUGAUCUGAACAAACGCUUCCUGCUCAGCUUCCUGCAUGCCCAGGGGAAGCUCUUCACCAGGAUUGGAAUGGAAACUUUCCAUGUGGUUGCAGAAAAGCUUCUUAAGGAGUUUAAAGCCCUUCUCCAACACAGUCCAUCACCUAUUGGCAGUAUGAGGAUGCUGCAGCUUAUGGCUAUCAAUAUGUUUGCUGUGAAUAAUUCUCAGAGCAAAGACGAGCAUUCGGAGGGCUAUCGUUCUACAGUGCAUGAGCAGGCAACCUCUCUGGGCCUUGCAAUGUUUUCCCUUCUUGUAAAUAGAUGCAUCCAGUUAUUGAAAAUCCUACAAACCAAACAAAAUGGCUCUGGCAGGAAAGCUGAUAUAACCGAGGAUGAAAUGGAAGUGAAAGUUUCUUCUUUUCCAUCUGAUCUAAAAGAGCUUCUGCCUAGUGUCAAGGUGUGGUCAGACUGGAUGCUGGGCCACCCUGAAACAUGGAAUCCACCACCCAAUCCACUGACCAGCAGCAAAGAGCCUGCCCUCGACGUAUGGAGCAUAUUGGCAGACUUCUGUAAUACCCUGACCUGCGUGAGUCAGUCAGAAGUGCCACUUUAUAAGGACCCCGACGAUGACCUCUCACUCCUGAUCCUAGAAGAAGAUAGACUCCUCUCUGGAUUUGUUCCUCUUCUGGCUGCCCCUCAAGAACCAUGCUACGUUGAACAAACCUCGGACAAGAUUAUUGCUGCGGAUUGUAAGCGGGUCACAGUACUGAAAUAUUUCCUGGAAGCACUGUGCGGACAAGAAGAGCCUCUGCUGGCAUUCAAGGGUGGAAAGUAUGUGUCAGUGGCACCCGUCCCAGACGCCAUAGGAAAGGAAACAGGAAGCCCGGAGGGAAACCAACUGGAAGAUCAGGAUGAUGUAGUGAUUGAAGCGUUUGCUGAAGAUUCGGAGCCAGAAAACAGCGGGGCAGAGCAUGAUUUCCGAGAGCUACGUGCCAAGAAGCACGCCCUGGUGAGGAAAGUGGAGGAACAGAAACGUCGGCAGCAGAAGAUUCAGGCUGUCCUGGAUGGAAAGACGAGACCCCUGGAGCUGGCAAUCUGUCCCUUAUUCCUGGUUCCUGACACAAAUGGGUUUAUCAAUCACCUCCCUGGUCUGCAGCAGCUUCUGUCAUGUCAGAUCUAUAUCCUAGUUAUUCCACUUAUAGUUAUUCAUGAGCUGGACGGCCUUGCAAAGGGACAAGAUGUUGAUCAGCGCAGCGCUGUACAGGCUAGAUCUCUUCAGGAGAAGGCCAAGAAGGCCAUUCAGUUUCUAGAACAUGGAUUUGAAGCUCGAGACCCCUUUCUCCGAGCACUUACAAGCCGCGGCAAUGAGUUGGAAUCUAUUGCCUUCCGAAGCGAGGAUAUCUCUGGACAGAAGGGAAACAACGAUGACUUGAUCCUGUCAUGCUGUCUUCAUUACUGCAAGGACAAUGCUAAGGACUUCAUGCCGUCAAAUAAAGAUGAUCCAAUACGCCUGAGAAGAGAAGUCGUUCUGCUGACUGAUGACCGUAACCUCAGAGUCAAGGCUCUGACCCGACACGUCCCUGUGCGAGACAUCCCUGCUUUUCUCAAGUGGGCCAAAGUGGGGUGAAGCAGCCAAGAAUCAGAAGGGAAGAAUCCUUGUGUGCGAGAAAAAAAAAAAGAGAAUAUCCAGUGUGUGACCCGCCGGGGCAAGAAGUCGUUACAGUCAGUCCUGAUACAUCAGUUCAACUGCCCCAUGUUAAACCACACACAGACGCAUCCCAGACUCAACCCAUCAGCUAAAGUUAUCUAGAGCAAAGGCUGAAAAUGCUCCCUUCGUGCACCCUCAUCGUGAGCCUCCUGUAACUUAGUUCAGGUGGAUGGGAGUGUGUAAAGAAGGGGCUUGUCAUUGUAUGUUGGGUCUGACUUGUCAGUGAGGGUGCAGAAUUAAGUAAGAUGACAAUCCAGAGCAGGAUUUCACUGGCCGUUUCCUGCCAGGGGCACGUCUCCUCCUGUUUUCACCAGGCCUUGAUAGGAAUCAGUGCUCUCUUUCACCAGAGGAUCUUUACCUUAUGAUCUUAUUUCUUUAAUGACUGCAAUUCUCUUUUAGCUUAUUGAUUUUAUUUUCUGUAGUUUAGAUUUUCAUUUGUUUAGGUUGGAAGUAUUUCUUCACCGGCCCAGGAUUCCUAGGUCAUAGUUUGAAGCAGCCAUCAGCAGAUACAUAUCCCCCCCUUAUUUCCUUUCUCCCUAUCUAUUAUAUUUUGUGCAUUGUUCCUCUGGUUUCUCAUUUUUCCCCUUAUUUUGCUUGCUGAGGCUAGCCUCACCCCUUUUGUUGUCUAGGGAGAUGCGUAGGUGUGGCCAUAAAAUUCAGACAUGAAGGAUGAUGUUGCUCUGUAAAGUGUACAACAAUGCUUUUCCGUUGCUUGACCGAUCCUCAUCGCUACACACACCAGGUUACACAGAUGUUCUCGGCAGGUUUCCCUGGCAGUGAGCACUCUCAGUAUUUUCUGUCAUUCCCAGCCAAGACCUGACAUCUGAAAAUCCUAAAAGUCUUCUGUGGGUCCUGAUGUCAUCCCUUUCCCUAAUACUUUGUAAAAUCAGUCUGCAGGGAUAAAGGCAGAAAUCGACCACAUGGUCCUGGCUACAUGCUAGUUGGCCCAGACAGUGGCUCCCUUUAACCCCUUUUUUGUUGCUGAGAGUGGCCAGCAUCCCCGCUUUGCUGUGCCGUGGUGUGGUGAGGACAGUCUGGGCAGUGGACAUAACUUCUGCAGACUGUCAAGAGAGUUACCUGGCUACAUUUUAGAUACCGACUUGGAUUUGGGAAGCCAGACUGCCUCUGCUUAGUGGACAGAGGCUAGUAAAGUGGUCAUAUUCUAUUCAGAUAAUAUGUCCAUCAGUGGAGACUCCAGAAAAUAGUGGUGAUUGGUAUAAUUUUUAGAUUUCCACAGAUCUGAACGUGUAAAUAGUUUUAGUGAGAAGUGAUGAUGUUAUGUGGGUUUUUGUUGGCUGAGUGCAGCUAUUCUGUUUGUCGUGAAGCAGACUUUCUGUAAGAAAUAAUAUUCUUUUAAUUUUGUUACUCUUCCUGUACGUGUGGCUUCAGUAGAGCGGUGUAACUGGGCAUGCUAUUCAUAAGUGGUGUUGGUAUGUUUAACCCUUUAGUGUAUUGUUUUGCGCGAGCUUGCCAUCAUACUGAUCCCAAAGACAUUAGUACCUGCAACCAGCCUCAAUAUCAUAUAAUUUCCACUAUAGGCACUGGCUGUUGGGGAACGGCACCCAUAUUAUAACACAAGCUCUGUGCUGAUAGUCCAGCAUGGCAUUACUGUUUAUGCUCCAGUGGUUCUCUUCUGUGUCAUAUGAAUGACUGUUUUUGUUAAUUUUCUUAAUUUUCCAUGAUUUUUAUUUUAUUUUGGAAGGAAUUUUUGUUGUAUACAAUUUUUAGAUUCUGUGUUUGCUGACAAGAAUAUCUUAAUAAAUGUUGUUUUACUGCAA